AUGGGCGGCACGCACGGCAUCGCGCGGACGGAAACGCCUGCGCACACGGUGCUUCAGGGGGGUGGGCGCUACGAGGUGUGGCGGUACCCGUCGUCUGUGGCGGCGGUCGUGCGCGUGACGGACGUGCAGCGCGCGGCGACGGACCGGGCGUUCCGCGACGCGGCGUUCUCGCUGCUCGCGCGCUACAUCGGCGUGUUCUCGAGACCGCACAACGCGACGGUGGGGAACAGGCCGGAGAAGAUCGCAAUGACGUCGCCGGUGGUGAUGACGCCCGGCGCGCACGAGCGCACGCACUCGAUGCGCUUCCUGCUGCCCAGCCGGUACCGCUCGGUCGAGGAGGCGCCGGCGCCGACCGACGCCGCCGUCAAGCUGGAGAUGGCGCCCGCGGGACGAGUCGAGGCCGUGCUCCGCUUCUCGGGCAACAUGGACAUGGGCGUCGCCGCGCAGCGCGCCGCGGAGCUCGGCAGGUUGCUGGAAGAGGACGGGCUGAAGCCGACGGGGGCGUGGAUUGCGUGCGCGUAUGACCCACCCUUUAUGCCCCCCAUGAUGAAGAGGAAUGAAGUGCACUUUCCACUAGACCCAAAGGCCUUUCCGACACAGCAGGGCGGUAAGUGAAAGAGAAGAGGCAUUUGUCCUAUGCUGCGACGUGGGUGUCGUUACGCCUGCCUGGACUGGGCACAAUCUCUUCCACGUCACGAGCGGAAAAAGAUUUAACCGGAAACAAAAUCAACUCACAUGUUUGCAUGCAAGGCAACAGACGAAUAACAAAGGAAACCCGACGCUGUCGCAAGGACACACCUCUACAACAACUAGCGUACGACGCAUCGCGCUCGUCCCCACUCAACGAAACUCCCAACCUUGCUAAACUCGAGUUGAAACGGCACAACUCGCAGUGCUUCAUGUCUCUGCAUUUUGAGUAAAGAACGACCGUCGCGCUAUAAAACAAUAAAGAAACGAAACGCCAAAGA